UGAUGAGAAGACUCUAAAGCAGGUAGUAGAGGGCUUUUUUUCCGAGACGGAAAACAAGGUGCUAUUAGGUAUCAAAGUUUCCAAGCUCCAGACAACAUGGGGAAGCGUUGUGAAAAGGGGACGGAUGACCAGCAAGCCACGCGUGUUGGUAGUCACCGGAAAAAAGUCUUUGACGACGGAAAAGCUCAAAGUGAAAAUCCAUUCGCUAAAACAGGGGACAGGCGAUGGAGGUCUACAGACAUCCAAGGUGUACAAACUAAAGCACUUGGUGAGAUUAGAGGCAGUGGAAGCCGACAAGUCUGGUUUGAGUUUCGGUCUCAUUUUCGACACUUUAAAAACCAGCCCUCCUCAGUGGAGUUGUCGAAGUCUCGAUGACCGCAAUCGCUUGUUUGUGACAUUACGUCAGCUGAGCAAGGAACACCUUGGCCGUGUGCCGUCCCUGGUUGGGAUCGACUUAGUGGAAUUAGCGCUUUGGGCCCAAUCAUUUGCGAAGGGCUGGCCGCUUCGGCUGCCUGCUCAGGAGGCCGAGGAGAAGGGACGAGAGGGCGGCGGAACACUCCCCCUCCCAGAGAAUGCCUUGGAGGUUGUUGGACAACAUGAUCUGGUUUCUGCACAAGAGGAGAAGGACAUGGAAGCUCUCUUGGGUACGUAUCUGAUGGAGAUUGACGAAGCUGACGCGUUUUCUGAGCGUCUGAAACGAGAGCUUAGUGCACUGGAGGCAGCCAAUGUGCACGCGAUCUUGGAAAGCGAGGUCCUCGUGGAAGCGGUCAUCAGUGGACUUGAAGAUGCAGCCAGCAGUGUUGAGGACAUGGAUGAGUGGCUACACAUUUUCAAUGUAAAGCUGAAACAUGUCCGAGAUGAUAUCGAGAUGAUAGAGCGAAGGAACAACAUCCUUGAGGUACAAGAGCAUAACGGUCGUGGUCUGCUCGAAGAGCUUGACAAACUGCUAAAUCAGCUUCACGUGCCGCCGGAGUACGCUUCUCUGCUUGUCGAGUCCCCAUUUGAAGAGCCGUUGAUGCCUAACAAUAUUGAGGCCUGUCAAUGGCUGGUUAAGGCUCUCAUACAGCUCAGUAGGUUUGAUAGGGACCCUGUUUAUGCGCAAAUGCGAGCUGUACGGGAGAAGAGGUCGGAGCUGGAGAAUUUGCGCUCCACUUUCGUAUGUCGCUUGCGCGAGUUUCUUCAGGAUUACUUCACUAAGAUUGUUGAGUUCAUGCCGGAGAAACAGUACAGUGCCAUUAUCUUGCAGAAAGGACAUUUGCGAGGGAGAUUCGCUCACAAGGAACUAAGGAUGAAGUUCAAAACAUAUGCACCGUUGAUUCAUCACCUGAAGGAGUUAGAUAGCUUCUCUCUCCAACCUGUCCGCAAAGCGUAUGCAACAGCCAUGAAUCAUCUCCUCCAAAGGGAAAUGAGGGAUGUAGCCAAUGAGCUGAAGGGUGGCGUAAGGGCUCCACGGUCGACAACAUCAUGGCUGCAUUGGAUGGAGAACGGUGCAGCUAUUCCAGGAUCUGGGAGUGCAGGCGACACAUCAGCGGCAUCGGACGCUUUCGCGAGAAUGCUGCAGGUGUUUAUUCCACUUUUCUCCGAAGAGAGCCGGUUCUUUGCCACAUUCAUGUGCUUUGACGCAUCGCCACCGAUUCCUGUUAAGCUGGAUGGGCCAAACGGGGAAGGAGCGGGAGCUGCCCUUGUCGGCAGCAGCGAUAAGGAUGAGGACGAGGAUUAUGAUCCCAUCCCCAUCCCCCCCAAACCGCUGCCGGGUGGUUUGGAUAUCCGUCCACCCACGCCAACCGAGAAAGAUGUUCGAGACUUGAACUGUGCGUUAGAAUCAUUGUUGGCUGGCGCGGAGAGCGAGUUCACCUUUAUGGUCGAUUGGGCUUUCCAGAUCGACCCUCUCCGAUGCAUCCCCUUAUUGGGUUUGACGGAAAGGUGGAUUUCGACCCACGGGAAGGAACCGGGGAGUUUCCUGCACCGGAUGCUCCGAGGACUUGAGGAUAGAAUUCGCCAAAAGUUCGACAAGUUUGUCGAUGAGAUAUGUCACUCGAUCGAGAAAUAUGAUCGCAACUUGAGGAUGUCAGGCGUUGUGGCCUUCAUCCCGCGCUUUGCGACCCUCGCCGUGAAAAUGGAGAGCCUCAUAAAAAACAACAUCCGAGAGGCUGUCGAUGGGUCCUACAAUAAGAUCGUCGGAACAAUGUUUCAGGUGCUUGAAAACAUCGCAAAGGUCGAUCCGAAGCACUCUGAUCUGUUCCUUUUGGAAAAUUAUGCGGCAUUCCAGAACAUGACGUAUAAGACGGCAGAAGCGGUGCCCGUGCUAGGGAAACUCUAUCAGCAGGCGAGUAACUUGUAUGAGGCGUCCUGCAGCCGAUACACAAGUAGCCUUAUCGAGUUGCACUUUGGAAGGCUAUUUGAAUUCAUGAAGAAGGUUGAGGAGAGUCUGCUGUUUCAAAGGACUCCAGAGGAGAUUGCAUACCAGCCAAACUUGACGAGGGCCGACUUGAAGAAGCUCAUUAAGGUUGUCCUGCCUAGCCCAGGGAUUGAGAAGGUACCGCAAACGAUGUUCAGGAAGAUGCACAAGCACGUUCCCCAGGAGCUUCUCCCUUACCUGUCGCAGAAGCUGAAGGAUGACUUCUUGCGCAAGUACGACGAAUUCGAACAGCUUGUCGGCAAGUGUUACCCCGGGGAGGUGCUGUCGCCGACAUCGUCAGAAAUGCGAGAGCUUUUCAAGCUCAAGUCUGCUGCAGACUCUAUGUGAUUUGGGUGGCAUUUGGGUGGAAAUUUGGAUUGCUUUUGGGUGAAAUUGGGUGUUAUAGAGGUUUGACCUGAUAAAUAUUUAUGUUUUAU